GUGGCUGCGGCUUUAAAGUUGUUUCGGGCGGGCGGAACUCCAGGAAGUGACGGGAGAUCCCGGGAGGAGAAGUUGGGGGAGAGUUUGGGAGCAGAGCCGGGAGGAGAAGUUGAGGGAGAGUUUGGGAGCAGAGCCGGGAGGAGAAGUUGAGGGAGAGUUUGGGAGCAGAGCCGGGAGGAGAAGUUGAGGGAGAGUUUGGGAGCAGAGCCGGGAGGAGAAGUUGAGGGAGAGUUUGGGAGCAGAGCCGGGAGGAGUGGUCGGGCUCCGGGGAGGAUGGCUCCGGGCUUCCCGCGAACGUGCCGUGGGGUCGGGGGGAGUCGCUGAGAGCUGCUGCCCCCACGAUGCUGGCCGAGCUCUCGCACCCCCGCCGGCCGCUGCUGCUCCUGUUAGCCGUGAUGUGGGUGGCCGGAGCCGGACCGGCGCAAGCCCUGGUGGCGGGGCUGAGGGUUCGAGUCCGGCUGGCGGACGGGCAGGUCGGCGAGGAGACGCUGGAGGCGGACACGGACACCGACUCCAUCAGCAUCGAGUUCAAGAAGAGUGACGGGAGUCUCAUCACCCUCAUCGCUGACUUACGGAAGGACGUGAAGAUUAUCCGUUCCCUGAUCUUGGGGGAGAUGGAACGAGGUCAAACACAGUUUCAGGGUCUCUGUUUCAUCACCAAGCUUCAUAAGAAUGAAAUUAUUCCAAGUGAAUCCAUGGCAAAACUCCGACAGAAGAAUCCAAGAGCAGUGCGCGUGGCAGAAGAGCAGCGAGGGCUUGAGCAUUUGUACAUGGAUGUGGCAGUGAAUUACAGCAGGGCCAGUCAGUUGAGCAUCCAUAUACACAAUGUGUGCGCAGAGGCCACAGACGGUAUCUAUGCAAGAGAGAGCGACGUGAAACACUGGAUAAAUUCAGGUGUCGAUGGUUCAAUCUUUGAAGCAAUCCACGUGUCAGAAGAUGUUCCACGAUGUCGGGUCAGUCGUGAUUGGUGGAAGGGUUGCAUCUGCCGCUACUCCUCGUGUGUGGAAUGGUAUCCCUGCUUCCUGAAAUACUGUCGGACAAAAGAUGCCGCUGGGAAAACUAGCACCUACAAGUGUGGCAUCAAAAGCUGCCAGAAGUGUUCCCAGUUUGAUUUCUACGUCCCGCAGAAACAGCUGUGUUUGUGGGAUGAGGACACUUAAUCCUUGCCUCUCCCCAUCCACUGUUUGUAUUUGACAGGGAGGAGUUCGGGGUAAAAGUGAUAAUUGCAGGCCACGUAUUCAUCCUGUGGGCCAAACAUAGACUGGCAAUCAGUUUCGGGGCUCUUUGGAUCAUUGAGGGGAGAUCCCUGGGUUGAGAGAAAGUCUGUGUGGGUUGGUGUGUUUGGAUUAGAAUUUUUUCAGUAUGAGGGAAGGAAUCCAGGUCCCAGGUACUCAACUGAGGCUGGGCACUUGGGGUUGGUGGGUUUACUGGAGCUUGGAUGGGGGUUUGGGCUUUGCCUCUGGUGCAAGGCCUUGUUCUGUGAUAGGUCUGUGCCCACAUUUGGUGCCUCCUGUACAUUUCAAGAGUGAUUUUUGGAGUUUAAAUCUUCAGAGACCCUGAAUGUGUAAAACGAGUUUUAUUUGUAUUUUUUUGAAGGACUGUAGAUUUUGGCAGUGAGCCAAGUUUCAGAAUUGGAAAUUCUUGUUCAGAUAACCUUUCCACAGGGGAUUGCCUUGUUUUCUUUGUGGAGAAUUUGAAUUAACUAAUGCUGUAUUUUAACUGAUCUGUGUUCUAGGAGGUUGUUUAAGUGGCGAUCAUUUCAAUGCCCUGUUUUACCAACAUUGCUGACAUUUAAUGCAGAAGUGGCUCCUUAUUGAUUUGCAAGAAUGGCCAGCCUAUUUGGCCCUUUGAAUCAUAGAAACCAGCCACUGGCUUCAAAGGCCAUUUUCUGAAACAUUUUUCACAUUUGAUGAGUGGCAGUGGAGAUGUCCCUUUAAUAGGUCAACGCGGUUAGGGACCAAUGCACUUCAUCCUGGACCUGAGAAGUGCCUCAGAUUGUUGGGUAAACCAUAUCCAGCACUCAAAGAUUUUCUUACCAUGCAUUAAAUAUACAGUGCAGCCAUCCUUGUUGGAAGAAGCUAAUUCUGUGACCAGGAAUUGAAUCCAUAGCCAUGAGAGCUCUAAAUAUUAACCACUAAACUACCAGUGCUAUUCUUGAGGUAGUGUAGUCAUUCAACAAUACUAAAUUGAUGGCUUGACCAGAAUCCCAGUUAUUUAUCCAUUAAGAACAAUCACGGGGAGUAUUAUCCAAUACAAGAACAGCCAGCAAUUUGAAUGAGAUGCUGUUUUGCUCUAAUGUCAGAGGAUUGUGUCCUCUUUUAAUCUGCCAGAGAAGAUGAGGCUAUCUCAGUAUAGAGGUGAAGGAAAGUAAACUCUGAUUAGUACAACCUUGCCCCAAUUCAGGAGUUCCACCAAGUCCUAUUAUUGGUUCUUCCUAAGUGAAUAAGGUAUUAUCCUGUUUGUGUGGCUCCCUCCUUGGACUAGCCUGUCUUGAAGUCCAGAAUGAUGGGGUCUGUAUUUUCACCAAAUACUUAAAUCAUAACAGACAGAAGUAAAUUAAAUCUGAAGAGUACCUGUGGUCUCAAUUCUGUGCACCUGUCUUUAUUUGCCAAAUCCCACAACAAGAAGGCUCUUGAGUUUGAUUUUAAAUAGUGUCAAUCCACAUGUGAAGUCUCCAUCCUGUGAAGCAUAGCCAAAAUUUCCUGAGAUUGAAGAAUGAGGUCAGGUUUACAAGUAUUACAACCUGAACCUGAGAUCUCCAGCGUCCAAAGUUCUUUCUGAUUUUUAAAUUAAAGAACAGAUAUCAUCCCCAGAAUUUACUCAUUGCAAGAAGGAAGACAGAAGUGCCUGGAAGGAAAGAUUAUUGUCACAGUAUUGAGUUUAUAUUGUUGUUUUUCCUCAGAAAACAAUACUAUAAAGUAGAAACUUAAAUGAGACUGAGUAACCAAAGAUCCUAGCAACUGCACUGUGCUUUUAAAUUGACAUGUGUCCUUCCUGAGGUAAGUGUGUGUGUGGACAAACCAGUGAGUGUGUAGUAGAAGUGGGGAAACUCCUUUGCAUAAGCACAUUCUCUUCACUACUUUAAUAAUUUCCUUGGCUUCUAGGCAUUUCACAGCAGUGAAAGAAAUACGAGUUCAUGACUUGAACAUAUUCUGUUUGUCUGUGUUAUUGAAAAUUUUUGACUCUAUGAGAAUUGAUGCUAGGCCUCAACACCUUGAUCUAUGUUUGACAUUUUAAACAAUAUAAUCCCAGUUUGUGCUCCUGAAUGUCCAUUGUUUCUCUCCUGGUUGAAGACAGCAAGGGCAAUGUGAUGAAUUCUGGAGCUGAGUAGGAGACCUCAUUCUGGUGAAACUGCCAGUUCUUAAACCAUUGAGUGGUCAAGACCCAGCAGGGAGAGUGUUGUUGUUCAAGCCCAGUUUCUCACUCUGUUCCCUGACCGCAGUUGGACAUAGUGGUGACAGUUCUCCAAUUCUACCUCUUCACCUUCUCCUCAAGAGAGGGGUUUGGAUAAUCUUCUGGUCUCAAAUGCUGUUGACCACCAACACUCUACAAGCAUCUGAAAAAUGAUCACUGCUUCUGGUGAACAUUCUAUGUUUUGCAAUUGUCUCUCUCACGAGGGAUCUUUGGAGAAUAGAAGUUGAUUAUUUUGAUGUCACUGCUGUCUAGGUUACUGUAUCCCAGGUGCGAACAUGUUCACUAAUUGUGUCCAGUUUGCGGGUUUAGAGGAGCUGAGCCAGUGAUGUGUCACUAGGCCUCUGCCUGGGUUUGAUUGGCUACCUUUACAGCUGGUAUUGUGGAGACACCAGACCCUCAGGCAAAACUUGGGAGGUGCAAUGGUGUUGGUGAGAAUAUUAAUGGGGUAUUGGAGGUGUAAUUGUGUGGUUCUGGGAGAUUGUUUUGUGGUCUGCAGCAUGAAAAAGCCUUUACAAUAACUGCAAUGUCACAUAAGUGCCUUUUGGUUCAGUGUUUCAGAAUUCCUAACAAAUUAUUUUUGUAUUAAUGUGUUUUUAAAAAUAAAAGAUGACUUUAUUCAUUGA